GCCGACCACGCGGUCGACUCGCGCGGUCCAUUGCGUGUUUUGGAGCCGAACUUCUCCUCUUUUCAUCCUCCUCACGGCCGACGACUCGAACUACGUGAGCGAAGGUUUGAGUAAGAGAUUCUACAGCCAGCCUCAUUUGGAGGCUCGAGGUUUCAGCCAUGGCGAAGAGAACCUGGUCUGAUGCCAACGAUAACAUGGAGUUUAUGACGGUAGAAUUGACGAUCCUUCUUUGGGGAUUACAGAUUAUAAGCUGAUACUUACCCUCUUGCAGUUGAUGACGGCCGGAAACGGAGAGCAGUCUUUUCCGCAAAUAUCCCGGAAAAUUAAGGCAUGUGCCGCCUGUAGAAAACACAAGAUCAAAUGUCUAAUGGAUGAGAAUGGACCACCAUGUCGGCGAUGUUCCGAGAGAAAUCUGGGUUGUGUUCUGGGCAAGAACUUGCAAAGCAUCAUCGACGAGAAGACACAGUACAACGAGGCGGUCUUACAAGACAUCGAAAACCUGCACAACACUCUGAGAGAAGUCACCAAGCAGAUGGGCCUACCAGAGCCAGCGGCACUACAGAGUUCAACUCUUCAAAAAGCAGCCGAGUCCCCGUCACAGCAGAGCCGCUCCGGCCCCGGGCUGACCACCAACGCGGCCCGAUUUGGCGUUACCGGGCAAGAUAACCACGGUCCCUCGUGCGACAACUCACCCAAGAUAUCCCCCGAAGACGAAAGCCUCCCCCACGUUCCGAUUCAUUCACUCUACGCUCUCACAAAGCUGAGAGCGCUCAGGUCACCAGAUGCCCCGGAAGGCCAUUUGAGUCCAGCCCAGGACGACUUCAUCGCCCGAGGUGCUUUACGUCUAGAGGACGCCGAACGCCUUUUCCGACUCUAUCGAGACCGUUUAGAUGCUUUCAUGUAUGGCGUGGGAUGUAAGUACCAACAGCUAGAUGAGUUGCGUCGUAAGAGCCCCAUCCUAGCUGCGGCGACCCUGACUGUUGCCGCGCUUCACGACCCCCAGGCAAACAAUCUCUACGGUGUCUGCAGCUCGGAAUUUCGGCGGCUCACUGAGAGGUCUAUGUUCGAUCGGCGGGUGAAUCGUGACUAUCUCCGUGCCAUGUGCGUGGCGUCGUACUGGCUUUCCGAUAUGUCUUGGAUGCUGUCCGGAUACGCGAUACGGAGGGCGGCGGAGUGUAACCUGCACAACAGCUAUACUCGCGCCAUACAAGAGAAGAGCGAGGAAGCUGCUGAUGGUGCACGGUUAUGGUACAUAUUGAACAUUUGCGAUCAACACCUUGCCACGCUGUAUGGAAGGCCGGCGAUUGUGCAGGAGGACUCGUCCAUGCAGCAAUGGGAGAGCUUCCUUCAAUCCCCAAUAUCUACUGAGGAAGACAAGCGCCUCGCAAGUCAGGUUGCAUUAUUGGGAAUUAUUGGCAGCAUUCGAGAGCUCUUCGGGCCUGACAAGGGUCAACCGACCCCGCGAGCCUACGUUCACCAAAUCACCCACUUCAAUAAGGAGCUCGAUCACUGGAUCAAACUUUGGUCUGAGACACUAUCAGAACAAUAUCAACACAUAGGCCGCUUCCCUCGGAAAGGCGCUCUUCUCCAUUUCCACUUCGCCAAGCUGCACCUCUACUCCCACAUCUUCCGAGGCCUCUCAGGAGACAUCCCGAUACCGCACCACUUCCUCGACUGUGCCGCGACGGCAAUCGCGGUAGCGACAUCAACCAUCGACUUCAUCAUAACUGACCCGGACGUGGCCGCAGGAGUAGUCGGCAUGCCGUCGUACCUGCACUGUAUGACAGCCUUUGCCUGCAUGUUUCUCAUCAAAGUGGCAGUCAAGUAUGGCGGCGAUCUCAUCGAACCGGACCGCGUCUGGAACCUGACCACAAGCCUUGUACGGCACUUCCGAUCUCUACCAGCCGGUCGGUGGCAUUUGGCGAAUCUCAUGGCGCCGGGUCUCGAGCGCAUGGCCAGGACGUUGAAGUCUGGUCGAGGGGAGAUAUCAGCCCAGGUAUUGGAGGCGCAGCCGCUCAAUGGAGACCACUCAGACGUGAUUGACCCUCAGCUUGCCGGUAGUAGUGCUGAUGGAACUCUGAUGGGUCCGGAAGGGGAGUUCUUCUUCGACUAUGAUAUGAGUUUCGGCCUGUCCCCGGUGUUCCAAUUCGAUAUGACAUCGUUGAAUGCAGAUGGUACAACCCUGACGGGUCAAGACUUCUCGAACAUGGAAUAUCAGAUGGGAAGACCCGGUUCAUGAAUAGGAGAAAAAAACGUUGCAAC